UUCAUUAACAGAGUCAGGUAGAGGUGGAAACUAUACUCAGUAAACUCCAGGUACACAGAAGUUUCAGCCAGAUCCACCUGGGGAAGUCACUGCCGGCUGUUGAGAAAACAAGUGCUGGUUUUCUGCUCAAGAGCGAUCUGUACUGGAAGGCAGCAUGUCUAAUUUAACCUUCAGAAAAACGUCUCCCACAGGAAAUGAUAUGAAGAGUACUAUGCAGGGGACCACACAGAGACAACAGGCUUUUCUUGACUUGAAUAAAAGAAGGACUUUCUUACAGGAUAACAGCUGGAUAAAGAACUGUUCUGCAGAAGAAAGAGAUGAAAAUUAUGGUAGGGUGGUGCUCAGCCGACAUAACUCCCAUGAUGCGUUAGACAGGAAAACAAAUGAGAUACGUGAGCUGAAAGCCACAAUUAGUCGGUACAGAUCUGAUGACACUUUGGACAGGAUCUCAGACAGACAUGAUGCCGCUCAAACGUAUAAGGCCAAAACCUUGGAUAACCAACUAACCAAUAGAUACAUGCCUGCAUUUAGAUCACCAGAAGCAAGAAAAACGCAACCUGGAAGUUUUUUCAGCACAAGCGCCACCAGCACCCCAGCUUACACCUCUGCUACAAGCCCUGUAAAGAAAAAGAGACAGUCCUGGUUUCCACCACCCCCUCCAGGUUAUAAUGCCACUCCAAGCACAGGAGCAAACAGAAGGGAACCAGCUGUUCACCCUCCAAUACCUCCAAAGCCUAGUUCUCCUGUUUUAUCUCCUAAUCAGCUGAGAAGGGAUAACAGGCAGAUUUGUCCACCUAAAGCAGGUGUAUAUACAGAAACCAGAUGUGCUGAAAGAAGUAUAAGGAGUCAGGAUCUUGAGAAUAUCGUCAAAGUGGCUACUUCACUUCAGAAAACUGACAAAGGCGAAGAAUUGGAUAAUAUCAUCAAAAUGAACAAAAGCUUGAAUAGAAACCAAGGUCUUGAUGGUAUCUUCAGAGCAACUCCUAAGGCAGAGCGAACAGAGAAAAGAGCCAAAAGUCUUGAAAACCUCCUCUUUCUGAAUAUUCGGACAGACAAAGAUGGCAAAGGGUUACAAAGAAACCAAGGCCUUGGAAGUCUUAUUGAAGUUAAUCAAAGGACUGACAAAAAUGAGAAAGGAAGUGAAGACCUUAAUAAUGAUAUUAAAGUGAAUCCCAAAGGAAGGGAAAAUACUAUUGGAACACAAGACCUCAGUGGCCGUAUUAAAGUGAAUCCUGAAACAAAUAAAAACAUGAAGAGGGGCCAGAGUCUUGACAAUCUCAUCAAAGUGACCCCUGAAGUAAACAUAAGUAGCCCAGGUUUCAAAGACCUUGAUUACCUUAUCAAAGUGAAUCCAAGAACCGGAAAAAAUGUACAAGGGGGCCAAAGUCUUGACAGCCUCAUCAAAGUGGCUCCUGAAACAAACAGAGCUAAUCAAAGGAACCAAGACCUGAACAAUCUUAUCAAAGUGACCCCCUCAGUAAACAAAAGCAGUGAACAAGGUCUUGAUGAACUUAUUAAUGUAAGCUCCAAAGCUGUCAAAAAUAUGGCUGGAAAUCAAGAUCUUGAUAAGCUCAUUAAAGUGAAUCCUAAAACUCUCACCAACCACCGAAGAAGCCAGGAUCUCGAUAACCUCAUCAAAGUGAAGCCUGCAGCAAUCAGAAGCAAUCAGAGCCCAGACUUGGACAAUCUUAUUAAAGUGAAACCUGCAGCUCUCAGAAACAUGGAGAGAGGCCGGGACUGGGAAAAUUUAAUUGAAGUAAAUUCUAAUGUGCCUAAAAAUAAGAAUGGAAGGCUAGAUGGCCAGGUCAAUGGAUCUACCGACGCUUUAAACAACCAGUCCACUAGAACCACUGCAUAUUCUUAUGCAGCCAGGAAGAAUUUCAGCUCCGAUGCUGAAAGCAGACCUGCAGGACCAAAGGACACUGUUGUGUUCACAAGAACGUACGUGGAGAACAGUAAAUCACCAAAAGAUGCAUAUCAGGAGGAUAUCUCUCGAAAAUACAUACAAACUGUUUAUUCGACUUCAGAUAGGUCUGUCAUUGAAAGAGAUAUGUGUACUUACUGCCGAAAACCUUUGGGCACAAAAACUAAAAUGAUUUUAAAUGAGUUACAAAUUUGCUGCCAUUCCACUUGUUUCAAGUGUGAAAUAUGCAAACAGCCUUUGGAAAACCUACAAGCAGGAGACAGCAUUUGGAUUUAUAGACAGACAAUACACUGUGAACCUUGCUACUCUAACGUUGUGGCAAAGUGGAUUCAAUAAUGCUGGCCCAUGGAAAUCAAGAUGAAAGCAUUCAUUAAGGAAUUAAAAUUUUUAUUUUAAGAAUGUGUAAUCUAGAAAAGCUUUUACACUGAAGAUUGACUUCUGUAUACAAUGAACAUUUCUGCUGUUGCAUAAAUAAUCUAAUUGCCUUCAAUAAGGUCAUAUACAUAAAGGGAACCAUCUGUUAUCUGGCGGGAUUCAGCCAUCAAAAAUUCAAGUGGUUUCAGUUACCAAGGUCAAAGGAACACUGCUCCUGAUGGCAGUGAGCACUGUCGACCCACCAGGCCCACCUGUGCUCCAUGCUCCUUAUUUAGGCUCCAUCAUGGUUUCCAUGGUUUCCAUUCUCACCUGUGUUUCCCUAAGAAUUUGGAUUUACAGACAUUGUUGAUGUCCUGACAAACUCUCAAGAGAGCAAGACUUAUUUCCUUUAUGUGCAAAAGAAAUAUGGAUAGAAAUUUUCCUAUAAAGUUUGGCGGAAAGUUAUUAACAUAUAAAGUUGUAUGGAUCUCAGAAAAUCACUUGAACUUUCUGUAUCCCUGUACCUUUACCUGUAACACGAGGGGCAUUGCACAAAAUUGUUCUUAAGUUCCCCUUCUGCUCCCAAAUUAUCUAAUUCUAAAGCAAGUUUUUGUUUGCUCUUUGGAAAUACAUCUGAAUGUGUUUGUUAAUCAUAUUGAACUAAAGAGGACAGCUAAACAAUUUAACCUUAAUGUCAUCCUUCAUUUUAUUACAGAUUUAAUUUUUCUAGAAUGUGUUUUAAAAACAGAAGGACACUGAUUUAUGGGUAGUGGGUAAAAUCAUAUGGCAUAUAUUUUACAUAUUAUAUGUUAAAUUUUUUUGCAUGCAUUUCAAAAUCUGGGUAUAUAAGUAACCUAUGAGAAAAUAAUGGCUAUGGACUACAAAGACAUGUUCUUUAGCAUGUUAUAUCGAUUCAUAUUACAUAGCACUUUAUAUUUACAGAUGGCUUAUAAAAAUAAAUCGAACUAUCAGUGACAAUCUUUUUGUGGAGUUUCUGUAAACACCAUUCACUGACAUUGAUUUUGUCAGUCGUAGGGAUCAUAGUUUAUUAUAUUCUAUAUCUCACUGGUUAACUUAAUUAUUUAGCUGCUCAACUUAUAGCUUUUAUUUUGAAAGAGCUUCUCCUUAGGGAAUUGAAAAUUCGAUAAUCAUAUGUGAGGAACUAGUAUUAUUAUUAAGAUUGAGAAAGUGAACUUACAAACUAUUUUAUGUGGACAUAACAACUGCUCCUCAAUGGAUUGCAUAUGGAACAUUGAGGGAGAAGGUGGGAUUUGGGGGAAGUUUAAGGUGGUUGUGAAAAACUGACAUAAACAAGGGAGAUUAAAGAAGAUAAUCAUGUAUUUUCCAAAUGUUGAUAAAUUUAAAGAACUAUUCUUCUGUACAAUGAUUCCAAGCAUUUGUUCUUCUUAGAGACUGGUUCACAAAGUGUUAAACACGAAAUGCUUAUCAAAAUACAGCAAUGUAUAAUUGUCCUACGGAAAGGGAGCCAGCAAAAACAAUUAAUAAUAAUUUGAUAUUCAUUAAUUCACGCUAGAUGAGCAGAAGUGGUAAU